AUGUGUCUGUCUUCGCUCAAUAUUAUUAUUGAGCCCGACACAUUUGUGGGCAUCGUUGGACCGGUUGCAGCUGGAAAAUCAUCUCUACUAAAAGCCAUAUUAGGUGAAUUAAACUUGAUUGAUGGUGAACUAGAAGUAAAUACAAGCUCAUUAUCAUAUAGUACACAAAUUCCAUGGAUAAUUGCUGAUACUCUUCGUGCGAAUAUUAUUCUAGGAAAAACAUUUGAUAAAGAACGUUAUUCGAGUGUAAUACAUGCAUGUUGUCUCGAUAUAGAUAUUGAUGCUUUUGGACCUAAUGGUGACUUGAUAAUGAUCGGCGACAGAGGUAUUAAUUUGAGUGGUGGACAAAAGGCGCGUAUAUCACUCGCUCGAGCAUUAUAUACCGAUGCUGAUAUUUAUCUUCUUGAUGAUCCAUUAGCUGCUGUUGAUCGUAAAGUAGCUCGACUAAUCUAUGACCAAUGUAUUGGUCCAAAUGGUCUCUUAAGCAAAAAAACUCGACUUUUGAUAACUCAUCAAAUAGAAUUUUUAGCAGAAUCACAUCAAACAAUUCUUCUGAAAAAUGGCCGCAUUGUUGCACAAGGACGUGUUACCGACUUACCAUUGGAAAACCGAGAUAUCUAUCAAACUAAUGAUGAUCAGCUUAUAAUGGAUGAUGUAUCGCCGAGUAUGCUCGAAAUAGAACAAAUAAACAUGAAUAGUGAAAAGAUUCUUUCUGAAGAAGACUUAGGAAGUAAUACAGUUAGUUGGUCUACAUGGCGUUCAUUCUUUAUUGCAUCACUUCGAGAUUAUUUCGAGUUAGCACUUAUUGGCUUACGACUUGGUCAACAUCUUCUUAUUUUCAUCGAUCGUAUAUAA